AUGUCUGUAUCAAGUGACCGUCGCGAGAUUGUUAUUAUAGGUGGUGGCAUCAUUGGAUGUUGCUCUGCCUAUUACCUAACACGACAUCCCUCUUUUGAUCCCUCCCGACACUCGGUAACUCUUAUCGAGGCGUCUGAUAUCGCUGGAGGAGCUUCAGGCAAAGCGGGCGGCCUUCUAGCGUUGUGGGCGUAUCCAAGCAAUAUCGUCCCACUGAGCUACAAGCUUCAUGCCGACCUAGCCAAGGAACACAAUGGCAAGGACAGGUGGGGGUAUCGAGAAACCGGCUGCGCACAAUUGGUCGCACGAGGUCGCCCGCUCCAUGAGAAGAAAGACACGGAGGACAAAACUGGCAGUUCUCUUUCGCUCCAGAAACGCAGCGCGACAGCUAUGGACAAAUUAAAAAAGGCCAAAUUGCCCAAGGAAUUGGACUGGAUCGAGCCGGAGUUGGUAAGAGGUUAUGAAAGUAUGAGCGACCCAGGCGAGACCGCACAGGUUCACCCUUACCUCUUCACAACUUCCAUCGCGAAACUCGCGCAGGAAAAAGGAGCAAAGAUUACAUUGGGGUCUGUCACAAACAUCAGCUACGAUGAGGAUGCUGUCAAUUCAGUCACAUACACGGAUAAAGAGACUGGUCAACAGGAAACUAUUCCCGCAACCGAUGUCGUGGUAGCAGCUGGCCCAUGGACGAGUGCUGUCUUGCCUGAAGCCCCAAUUUCUGCCAUGCGUGCCCAUAGUGUUGUAAUACGGCCGACAAGACCGCCAAGCGCACAUACGCUGUUCACCAACAUCGAAAUCCCCGCAAACUUCGACCCUGCCACCCCCUCUCGCCCAACCGUGGCAACACCAGAGAUUUACGCUCGCCCUGAUGAUACGGUGUAUGCAUGUGGUGAGGGAGACCAAGUUGUUCCUCUUCCAAGUACGACUGCCGAUGUCGAGGUAGAUCAACAGCGCUGCCAGGAUAUCAUCAACCAGGUUGGAUCCGUUUCCGAUACGAUUCGGGAUGGCGAGGUCCUUGCGCGUCAGGCUUGCUAUUUGCCAAACGUAAGCUCUCCGCGCGGUGGCCCAUUAGUUGGACACACCGGUAGAAAGGGGCUUUACCUUGCUGCUGGCCAUACUUGCUGGGGUAUCCAGAAUGCGCCUGGCACAGGUAAGCUGAUCAGCGAGUUUGUGUUUGACGGACGGGCGAAGAGUGCCAACGUUGGAUCUUUGGACCCGAGAAACUUCCUAUAA